UGAUGAUGUCAGUUCACGGGCUGUAGGAGUUUCUGUAUCUCCCUGUGUGAGUUGGCCUACUGCUGGCCGUCCGCGGGCAGGCAGAGGAGAAGAGGAGGGGAGGAAAAGUGUGUUUACACAGACGGCAAACUGCCUGGGGAAUCGUAGGGGAGAGGAAGUCAGCCGGCUCUGUGUCUGCCUGCUCCAACUUCCUGCUCAGAAAAAGAAAAAGCCCAGGAUCCUAUUUCAGACCAGCACAACUGUGUCGGGCAGAAGUAAGCAUGGAAAAACAAGGAAUCACACAAGCUUCACCGUAAAGUUUCGAGGAGUUAAACCACCGAGGCAGAAAUCGCAGGUAUGGACAGUGCCAUCACGCUGUGGCAGUUCCUGCUGCAGCUGCUGCUGGACCAGAGUCACAAACACCUGAUCUGUUGGACGUCCACGGACGGAGAGUUCAAGCUGCUGAAGUCAGAGGAAGUGGCCAAGCUGUGGGGGCUACGCAAGAACAAGACCAACAUGAACUACGACAAGCUGAGCAGAGCGCUGCGAUACUACUAUGACAAGAACAUCAUCAAGAAGGUUAUUGGCCAGAAGUUUGUCUACAAGUUUGUGUCUUUCCCUGAGAUCCUGAAGAUGGACCCUCAGGCGGUGGAGAUGGGCCUGGCCUCUGGAAGGUUUCCCCUGCAGGAAGGAGAGGCCUCUGAGCUUGAGGUGGAGGAGGAGGAGGAAGAGGAAGGGGAAGGGGAGGAGGAGGCCCAGAGGAGAACCCUGGCACUGGCGCAGCAGUGUCGGAACGACUACCUCCGCUCGGGUCUCUACUCCUCCUUCAGCAUCAGCUCCCUGCAGAACCAGCCCGAGCUGCUCCGCGCCCUGCGGGAGCGCCAGGAGGAGCCGCGCUCUGUCAUCCGCUUUGGCACCAACGGCAACGAAAGGAGCCCACCUCCCUCUGCAAAAUCCGAGUCAUAUGUCUCCCCUCGCCUGUCCAAACUCCACUCCCCGCCCUCUCCCCUCACCAAACCCUCUCAGUCCAGAGGAAUCUGGAGCACCGCGGCUGAGGAGGAAGAGGAGGAGGACUCUGACCAGAGUGCUCAGCCCCUCAAUCUGUCCUCCGGGCACAGGGAGCGAGCCCUGCAGCCCGAGAAGAGGAGCAGCAGCAGCAGCAGCAGCAGCAGCAGCGUCAGAAGUAGCUCUACUAGUAGUAGUAACCAAGGAGAUGGACUCCCACCAAAAAGCAAAAAGCCCAAAGCUCUGGAGAUCUCUCCGUCCAUGCUGCUCUCAGGGAGCGACAUCGGCUCCAUCGCCCUUAACAGCCCCGCGCUGCCGUCUGGCUCCCUCACUCCAGCCUUCUUCACUGCACAGACUCCCUCCGGUCUGCUGCUGGCUCACAGUCCGCUGUUGUCAGGCAUCCACUUCUGGAGCAGCCUGAGCCCCGUCGCUCCGCUCAGCCCCGCCCGGCUGCAGGGCCACGGCUCCCUCUUUCAGUUCCCCAGCCUAAUCAACGGACACAUGCCCAUCCACAUGCCAAAUCUGGAAGGAACACCCUCCUCUCUGCUCCUGUCCCCAACCACCCACAAAUCCUGAUCCAGGUUCAGAGAAAAAAAAAAAAAGACAUCUUCAACCAUCUCAUGUGAAAGUUUCUCUUCUUAGUCAUCAUCUACAGAAGCAAUCUCUUGUCUGUAUUUUUUUUUUUUUUUAAACAUUUUGCUUCAGAAAAGUCCUUCAAGACGGUAUGUGACCUCACUUUUUUUGCACUUGAGUUGCUUCAGAUUCCAGUGAUUGAAAGCACUUGGUUAAAGCCAUACAAUGAGCCAUGAUGUCUGGGAGACGCCUGAGGCUCUUUGUGAUAAAGUACAGCACAUUUCCACAUGACCCUGUCUUCCGUGGACAGUAGUGACGUGUAGCUAGCCGCUUAAGACUACCCAGGAGCCAACUCUGCAUAGAGAGCUUGAUUAAUCUUGUAAAAAAAAAAAAAAAAAAAAAAGUUGUUUUUCUCUGAAAUGUUCAUCACAAGGUGAAACUUGUCGUUUCUCUUGUGCUGUAUUAUAUGUAUUGUAUGCACUAUGCUUCUCAGAUAGUACCGGCUGUGCCUUUUUUUUUUUUUUGUCUUUUCUUUCAAAUUAUUUUAAUGAAGACGAGAUUGCAAAUCAAUGAAAAAUCUUUGUAACACUUGUAUGUUCUCUUUUUUUAUACUGGACUUGGUAUACAGUUUGUAUUCUGUAUAAUUUUGUAUUGUGAAGAAUGUCUGUCAUUUUCAAUAAACAAAGCAUUGAAUGCUUGAA